AUGAUAAAUGCAAUCAGAUUCGGCCGCAGUCCACCGCCAAUCGUGCUCACAUUACCUCUUCCGCCGCAGCUCCGCCGUGAGCUCCGAUCCCGUCAACUGAUCGGUUUUUCCACCGCUCCUGAUCAGAACCCACAGAACAUGGAUGACUCUAAGAGCACUGCCAAGCAGACUGAAGAUCUAAUGACUGAUUCGUUUGGGGACGCGUAUGCGAGCCGAAGCGAGGAAGAAGGAUUUGGAGGGAUUUAUAGAUCGAUUGAGUCAACCGAAGAGGGGGCUGAGAAUGAAAAGAAAUCUGAAUAUGAUAAAAGCCAAGGGAGCGAAGUGAAGGAGAAGGAGAAGGCUCGACAUCAAACUCACUCCAACUGCUAAGAGCAACGAUGUUGUCUGAUACUCGUUUGUAUUAUGUCUGGUGUUUUUCGUCGUCAUGUUGUUCUCGUGAGAAGUUAGUUUGUAUAAAAUCUAAAUUUGUAUUUUGUAAAUUAAUUGGAACAAUACUGGAUGUGAUGAUAAGGGGUUGGGCGAAAGGAUUACCUUAUCUCUUGCUUU